UCCCAUUUGGAACAUGUAUGUUUCAGAAACUGAAGCUACUGUAAUAAUUUGAAACGUGCGUGUCUCAGUUGUUGAAGUUACAACUAUUUGUAUCAAAAAGAAAAAUGCAACUUUUCUUUCGAAAUGCCAUUUAGAACAUAUAUGUUUCAGAUACUGGAGCUACUGCUGCUAUUACUGGUCGGCCAAUUGUCAAGUGGUGUCGUAUACCACGGCAUUGACUUUGUCGGAAUCGGGUAUAAUCUGUUGACAGGGAAUCCGGAUGGGGGAAGUGGAGGAGGAGUCGAUCCCGGUCUAAACACCCUAAGGCAGAUAUUCCAGCUGACAACGGUACCUUCAACACCCGUUCCAAAAGAGGUGUUGUACAAGUUAAGUUUGAGUUGCUUGCGGAGCCAAUCUGUAGAUAUAUUUUAUGGUGCUAAAUCUUAUCAAACUAAACUAAGUUCCGGAGUAGAGUCUUCAGGAAAUGGUAAUAUUGACCUGGUAAAAUUUUCAUUCAGUUUGAGUCAUCAAUUCCAACAAAUAAACAGCGAAAUAAACAAAAACAGACAAGUAUUACAAGACGAUGAAACCAUCUGUAAUUUGGGAAGUGCUCGAUUUGCUGAGGAACUGGCAAUGGCUGAUGGAUAUUCCGUUACUAGAAACUUUGCAGCGGCUUUUUGCCAACUUCCGCUUAACUAUAAUGUUAAAAGUUAUAUGCAAUUUCUUGACGAGUGGGGUACGCAUGUUACAAUACAAGUUAAAUUUGGUACUAAGAAUAUUGUUAGAAACCAGGCUUCAUUGGUAGAAUUUAUACAACAUGUACAGAAAAGUGGAGGGACUGGGUUUUCUGUUGGGGGAUCCUACAUGGGAUUUGGUGCAUCACUUGGGGUUAAUUUCGAAACAUUCAAACAGAGUGAUAAGUAUGAGCUACGUUUUGGACAGCAUCAAACAACUCUACACUCUGGCAAUGCAACACUUCCGGAACCGAUUGCAUUGAAGGUCAAAACCAUAGUAACAGCCUUGAACCCAAUAUACUGGAGGUCACCAGAUGUCAUGUCAGCAUGUCCAACUAUGAAGACUCAGAUGACAUCAAAGACAAAUAACCUGCUUAAAGCUUUAGAGGGUUAUGCUGCUUUUAAAAUGGCACCACGUGCUACAGAUCCGGAACUAAAGAUUCCAAUCACCUGGCCAGCUGGAACAUAUGGUUUAGUUAAAUCAACAUCAGGCUGUCCUUCUGGUAGAGUCACGUGGCAUGAAGGAUCAAGACAUCAAGAUACAGAAGAUACACGCAAUAAGAACUCCUGGUCGAGUCCUAUACAUAUUUCAGGUCGGUUUAGUCAUAAAGAAGAUAUGACAAUGAAUUUCUGUAUGAAAGGUGAUGUGACUAUCAAUGUUUUUGAUGUAAAUUGGCCAGCAGGAGAUUACUGUAUAUUAAAAUAUGGAAACUGUCCAACAGGGUUCGCUUCUGGAUCUAUCUACUGGGAUGAUGAAGAUUUCCACAACCAUAAUUAUCAGUCUGGUUCACUACCUAAUGGAGAAUAUGAUAAAAACACACGUAUAGAUUUCUGUUGUCGAGGUGACAGUUUACCAACCCACAAAAUCUUCCUACCAACCGAGAAACCCUUCUUUCUCUUCAAAUAUAACAGAGAAUGCCAGUUAGUACAUGGUAUGUCAGUGAGAGAAGAAUAUCUGGCCUGGGAUGAUGAUGACUUCGCCAACCGUGAUAGAAACAGUGGAGCUCAUCCAUAUGAUGAUGGUGGAAGCAAAAAUCAUAAACUGCAUUUCUGCUAUUAUUACAAAUCUGGCAAUUCGAUUAUCGGAUAA